CUCCAGGUCAAAAAUAUACGUACGAACAUGGUCCGUCCUCUAUGAACCCCCUUCCCCAAAUACCGAUGGCUUGAUCGUAGCCGGUUGACACUCUUCUUGAGGGCUAGCUGAAAAUCCUGUUUUUUUCUUUAUCAUGGGCACCCAAUGUUUGUAGAGUAAAGAGGGCGAAGUCGAAGAAGAACAAGAUUCUAAUGGUAGGUUCGAGGUAGAGAUCAGCGGUCGGAAAUAUCUGAGACAGCGAGGCUAUUCCUGUUGUACGUAGUACUCGAACCACCUCUAGUACCAACCGCACGAGCGCUUCCUCUCCAACCUCGUCAAGAAGUACACGACAGGGAGCGCUCACGACAACUGCGGCACGAUGGCAAAGUUCGAGGACUUCGUGGCUACGGCCACCGCCAUGGGCGGCAACGAUCUUUCCCGCGGAUGGCUGAAGGAGCUCUGGGAGGGCGCAGACAGUGACAUGAACCGCGCGAUUAACCACCUCCUCGACACGCCAGAAGACAAGUACAAACGGGAAAGCGGCGGCGGUGGGGGUGGAGGUGGGGAACAACAGAGUAAACACUCGAGCAAGAUGAAAAAGGAGCACAAGUCUUCCAAGCGCGACCACGGAGGGACAAGUUCGAAAAAGAGUUCAAAGCGAGGCAGCGGUACUAGUGGCGGCGCAGCUGCCAACAAUCACUCAACGGUGCCGGACUUGUCUUCGUUCUUCGAUUUUCCGCAAUCCUCCGACCUCGGCCAGUCCAUGAACGCGCCAGCCGGCAUGGCAGGUAUCUCCGCCUCGCAGCCUCCACCAGCACAAAGUGACAACUACUUCGGCCAGCAGGGUGCACCAAUCAACAACAAUAUGAACAACCCUAGUCAGAGCAUGCCACCACAGAUGAUGAACAACCCACCCCAGCAGUCCUUCAUGGGAGGCGGUCCAGGAGUAGACCCGAUGCAGCAAUCCAUGCCGUACCAAAACAUGAUGAGCCAACCACCACAGCAGCAACCGCAGAUGAUGCAGAGCAACAUGAACAUGUCGAUGGGUGGUCCGCAGGUGCAGCAAAAUCAGGAUCAGUCUAUGAUGUACAAUCAAUCCAUGCCAGCGCAAAUGCAACAAUCCAUGCCACCACCACAAAUGCAGCAAAGCAUGCCGCCGCAGAUGAAUUACGGGGGUAACAAUAUGUCGAUGUCAAUGCCACCCUCGCAGACCAUCGGCCCGGGGCAGAUGCAAAUGGACCAGCAACAAAUGAACAUGCAGAAUAGCAUGCCACCCCAACAUCAAAAUAUGAUGCAGUCUCAAAUGAACAUGAUGGGGCAACAGCAGCAGCAGCAGCCUGGGUUUGUAGAUCAGAGUGGAUUUAUGCAGCAGAUGCCAAUGGCAAUGCAGCAGUCUAUGCCGGCGGCGCAGCAGAUGCAGCAACAGCCGGAUUUUAUGCAGCAAAUGCCACAGACACAGACGAUUGCACCGCAACAACCGCACUUCUCGCACCCGAUGGCCGAAGUUCUCCAGAUGCCCGCGAGCGUGCAGAAUGCCAUGCUGCAGCAGUCCGGCGGCCCUGCGAUGAAUUUCUCGCAGCCAGAACAGCUACAGCAGAUCGCGCAAUCACAGCCGCAGCUUCCAUUAGUUUCCGGCAACCUCGCGCAAAUGAACGCCGCGGCGAUGACCGCACAGCCGCAUUCGCUCUCGCCGACGCACGCCCUGCAGCAGGCGGGACUGCCACCGGUGAUUCAUCCUCUCAUGUCAGAGCAGGACAAGUUGCUUGCGUUGACUUCACCAAGAUUCUUUACGAGUGCGGCGGACUUGCAAGGCUUGGCAACGCCGACGGCAGGAGGAACUGGUGCACUACAGCAACCAGCCGCCCCCGCGACGCCGCCACUGAAUCCAAACUUGCAGCAGGUUUACUACAACAAUUUGAUGCAGGAGGCUAUGUUGCAGGAGCAAGCGGCCGCAUUUGCCGCGGCCUCUGCGGGAGGACAAUUGCCAAUGACGACACCGAACGCGCUGACUGUUCUUCCAGGAACAGCAUCGCCUCCCCCGAAUGUCGCCAGUUCCGCACCGGUUCUGUCCUACGUGCAACCACAAGCCAAUCUUCAGCUGGCGAUGCCGCAGCCGCAGCUCGCCGGGCCGGGAUCCCCGGGGGCGCUCCAGCGGGCGGAGGACCUGGGCCUGGACGCCACGCCGCUGGCGAAACAGAGGCAGCACGCGCAACUGCAAUUGCAGCUGUUGCAGCAACAGAAGGCGCUACACAACAUGCGGAACAUCGUUCUCGCACAGAAUAACCGGCUGUCAAGCUUGAAGCGCAGGGAUUCGGAGGACGAGGAUUGGUGGGCCCCGGCGGGGGAAAAGAAGGAAAGCGCGACCGGGGCAAGCACAAACAAGAAUCCCUUUGCCGACGCGGCGCCGAGGGUGCCUUCCUUAGUCAACCACGCGGACUUAGUUGCACAAAACCAAAUGCGAAGAUCUGCGUCUUUGACUCCACGCCGUCGCGGCAGCUUGGACGACGGAGCGGCCGGUGCAACGUGGAUGCAGCUGCAGCUUUCUCCCCAGCCAACUACGCGUACAAUAACCUCUGCUUCCCCCUUCCUGACCCCGCAACCCGUACGCUCUAUGUCGCCCUUUGCGCCGCAGCAGCAACCACAGCAGGUCGUCAUGGGAAUGCCUGCGACAACGCCCGGGAUAAGUUCCCAGCAGUACGUCACUGCGUCUGCGUCCCCCUACCUCCGACCUGCCAUGUCCCUUUCCCCCGGUCCCGCGGCGGGAGGUGCAGGUGCGCCGCAGAUGAUGAUGCCGCAAACGGCUCCCGCCCAACUUGCACAAUCUAUGGCACAACCACAGUCCUACGCAGCGGCCAGUGUGCCGUACUUUGGUGGCCAGUUGACGCAGUCGCUACCAGCGCAAACUGCAGCGGCGCUUUCUCCGAGGUACUACGUCCAGAGCAGCUCGCCCUACAUCGCGCAGUCGGCGUAUGGGUAGGAAUACAGGUACUGGAAAUUAUGUCACUAUCGAGAUGCUGCUGGUAGUUGUACAGGCUGCUAAUAGCAGCGUGUGCUACGUUUUGAUGAUGAUCUUCAUCUUGAUCUCGAGUCCGAGGCGAGUGCAGCUACAACUGCUACCUGAACUUUUUCAACCUGUCAACUUUGGACCUUUUGUUGGGACCACAGCCGACGCGACAAAGGUAAGGAAUAGUUGAGUACUCUGCCCUAUGAAUAAACACGACAUUCGUGGUAAAAAACCAAAACCUUACCGGUAACAACUCAGGUGUUAAAUGUGGCGCUGCAAAUAAACGGGGAACAAGGCAAGGCUUCAGCAUCAGCAUCUUAUAUGGCAGGAUUACGCAAAUGCAAAAAAGGUAAAAGGGACAGCGCGAAGAUUUUCUUACGAAGGAAUUUGCACAUCAAGUAAGUACUCCCACACUCACUACACUUGAGAACAGUACACUAAAAAAAGCAAGAAGCAGGCAGGAUCAGGAAGAUUACUUCUACAGUUAUUUUUAGGAACAUUUCACUUUCACUCAACCUCAAGCAGACAGGACUUCGAGGAAUCGGAAUAUCAGGACGCAGUCUAGUACCCCAACACCAGGAAAGAAAAACUUGACACAGAGGAUUCGUGGUGAUUCUCAAGCCUUUGCAUCAAGGCGGCCGCAUUAUAUAUUGUGAUUUAUGAAAAAAAUGAAUGUACAAACCCAAGGCGGCGUCGUAGUUCGUCGAUAACUACAUCAAUACAAGGGAGAGGCAACGAUACAAAUUCGACCUCUACCGAUUCAU